AAAGUUUUACAGUGAAAACGAAUAGUUUAGCAGUAAAAUUGGUCUCGUCCGUGGUGUGGUGCUGCAGCUGCAUAACCGCACCCGGUGACGAAACAAUUGAGUUGUGAGCAGCUUUGAAACAGGAAAGAAGACCAAAUUCGACCUGCCAACAUGGCUAUCGAAUGUCCCGUCUGCACGCUGUUCCUACGGUCCGGCAUGUCGCUGGCCGAGCAUUUAGACACCCAUCCGAAGGAAAACGUGAUAAAGGCGUUAGUUAACAUAGUUAAAAAUGAUGGUCUGAGCUACUAUCACGGUGCGUUAGAAGAGCUGGGCCGGGAUGAAAUCAUACCAUUGGAGGGCAACACAUCUAGCAUUGGUACUGCCGCCACUGCUAGCAAUGCGCUCACCAUCCGAACGAACGAACGGACAACCGCACUAGGCAUUUACGAGACGCAACCGAUGUACAUGGACAAUGCAAUACUGGCUGCGAGCAGUAACGCGGUACAAGCCACAGUCAGCCAACCUUCACAGUUUACGGUGGUAAAAGCAAUCGAUGCGCACGGUAUUCCCAGCUUUCAGCUAAACAAUGUAACGCUUAUUAAGCGUGAAAUAGUACAGCCAGUCGCGACGCCAGGACUGUCAACGAUAUCGACAGUAGCAGCAGCGACAGCAACACCAACACAACCGGCUACUAUCGGAACAGUGCAAACCGAUCUGUCCGGCGUCGGUCCGAUGGGUGAAGAAUAUCUAGAGUCGGUUGGGAACGGAACGGGUGAGGCAGGUUCUUCAUCACGAGUGGUAGGACCAACCGUUGCCUCUACCACCGUAUAUCCCCGAUACACAAAUGAGUUAUAUUCCGGACCACCACCACCAUACAGUCGAGCCAUAUCGUCAACAGUAGCUACCAAUACACACAUCACACCAAUGCAACAGCAAACGGUGCAACUGAAUCUACCCAAAAGCAACGUUAACGGUGUUGCUGGGCAGCAAAUGCAGCUCCUGUCCAAGUUGCACCCAGAAACAUCGAGUUCCGCGUUCAAACAGUAUCCUUCCAAUCAGGCAACAUCCGAUCGCGGCGUAGAUGAGUCGGCUGUGACGGUAAACUUGCCACCAACAUCAGCAGCACCGAAAUCCGCCUACAGUGCGACGGCACCGACUGUCGCAACGACAGCAAUCACCACUGCCAGCAGCACUAGUUCCUUGAAUACUUCCCUUGAACAGCCACCGCCAACGAGCACACCACAAGCAACGCUCUCACCGAAAUCUACUGUGCCGACCCCGUCGAAGGCGAACGUAGUAAAAGUGAUAAGCAAUGUUAAGGUACAGAGUAAGCUGAAGGAUAUUCAGGAAAUUAUACUGCAAUUGAAUGCCGGUCAGAUGUCCAUCGUCGGCGAUAAGACGACACUAAUACCGCCUACUACCGAACGGCGUGCUUCAGCAUUUGCACCGAGCGCUUCCGGUCGAUCGUUGCUGGCGAUAGCGCCAGUGAAGGCGGAAUGUUCCACUACCGAACAACAGCAGAUUCACAUGUCCGGCAGCAGCAUGAUGGAGGUGUCCGAGGAGCAGAAUGACGGUUUCGAAGAACACAUGGCAGCAGAUUACGAUCACGAAGAGGAAUAUGGUGAGGCUUGGCAGGAUGACGAUAAUUACGUGGACGAUGAAAUUCGCGAGCAAUGGGAAGACGAUACUGACGCGAAGCGUUUUUGUAGCAGUGACGAACAAGGUGAACUGCAUUCGGCACAGUCCGUUACGGAGGAAAAACCAGCAUCAGUUACAAUUGCCUCCAGCAACGCUUGUACGAACAGUACGAGCAGCAGCAGCGCGAUGGAAACGAGUGUUAUUAGGAAGACGCCACAACCACUGCCGUGUACAACAUCCCCCACACAUCAGGAAGCAAAAUCGCAAAUAAAACGGUUGGUGUUCAGGAUGGCAGAUAAUUCGACACCGACCAACGUUUCGAUGUCCCCGACCGGACCGCCAACUUCGCCGAAAAUCGUACGCGCCUGGCAGGGUCUUAAGGUGGAAUGCUCAUCAGAAGGUACAAGCAUAACCAACAACACUACCACUACCUCCGUAACGAUACCGGCCGAAGAGGAGAUGUGCAAACCAAUGUCUUGUGCAUCGUCUGCGCUAGCUGGCCGUGAUUAUGCAGCAAAGCAGAAGCAACGCUUUCGGCCACCAAAAAAGUUAGCAAUUAAGCCAAAGCGUACACAGGCGGAGGGUGGACUCAAGUUUCCGACCCAACGGCCGGUAGACGGCGAUGUCCACCAACGUGAUGAAGUUGAGAUGACGGGGACGAACUCGGAGACGUGGACUGAUGCACCCGCGACGACGAUAGCGCUGGCAAACGCGCUCUCCACACUAGCGGAAGUCGUGUGCACGAAUGCAACAGCCGAACAGUCGACUAUGGAAUCAUUUUCUUCCACAUCGUUCAAUGGCAUUACUGCCGUAAUACAAAAGACUGACACUAGCAGCGGAAUUACCACCAGUUAUGCGUGUGUGGAAAAUGCUUUGCGCACCCAGCAACUGCUGAUGACGCCUAUCAAGCAGGAGCAUGCACGCAUGGCCGACAAUCCCCCUGCAGCUUCGGAUGUUGCGUCCAAACCGUUGACCAAGCCCAACCAAAUGCUCGAUGUCCGUGCGCCGUACACGUACGUACCACCGGGCAUCGGUGCUGUUGCACCACCGGGUGGCCACAAACGACAGCCGAAGGAUGAGAUCGACGUCGGUGCGUACAACAUUUCCUACGUCAGCGAAACGGGCGAAACGAUCUACCAUCCGCUGCCAAAGAAAGGCAUCAGAACGAUCGGUACGCCCAGAAGCGAAAGCGAAUGUGCAACCGUGCGGCCGAAUGAGGAAACUGCGAGCGCGGAGUACACCGAUAUGCGUGGAAUAGAAAAGGAUGAGCUUAUAGGGGAGGAUGUGAAAGUAUGUUCCACGCUACAGGGAGACGAAGAGGACAACGAUGAUGAGGAUGAGAAAGAACCAACCAAUGAAAUCGUACAGGAAGCGGAGGUAGUGUACGAGGAGCGAUUAGACAGCGAUGACGAUGAUUAUGAUGAUGUGUUCGAAAUGGAACCAAUAGCUCACCAACAGAACCCAUCCACCUCAUCGCCGUCUCCUGAUCAGCAACAGCAACAGUUGCUAAUGUUGCUGACGAGGGUGAACAACAAAACACCGCCCGGUACGGUUGAGCAGAAUACACCGCCAACGAACGCAACCGAAACAGUGGAAACAGAACCCGACCUGGAUACGAAGGAUCGCGUGCAGCAUGUUAGCGAAAGUGAUUACCUUUCUGGGGAACAAAGUUCAUCUUACAGGCAGUCGGAUAAAUCUAUCAAUUUGUCCGACGGUCACGUAAUGAAACGGUUCCAUUCGGGGUUACUGGCGACGGUUGAUGAAAAGGAUCUGCUCGAGGCGGGACCAUCCUCGCGUACCAUCGUUCAUGCCGGGGUACCACGGCCUAAGAUUCGUGUCACGAACGCUGACCCAUUCCAUGCUUCCGGUCGUACGGCCCCUAUAAAGACAGAAAAGGACGAACGAAAGAAGUCUGGAUCCGGUAAACGAAAGUGCGGCAAAGAUUUCCUCGAGGCAGAACCGUCCUCUUCGCUGUCCACAUCUUCGCAUCGCUUUGCAUCUGGUUCCGUGUACGAGGACGGGGGCGACUGUUUGGGGCAUAAUAGUUUUAUCAAUCCCAUCACCGGCACCAUCGCCGACGAACGGAUGUAUCCGGAAUCGGGUGACUGCGGGUUAAAAACGGCCAAAACGGAACCGUACGUUGAGGAUGAGCAGGAUACAACAACCUCCUCGUUCCUUGAUCUUAAUACGAUGCCGAAAAACAGUCUUGACGGUAUGACGAACGAUACGGCAAGCAUCACCAGCCAUAGCAGCAGCCACAGCGGUGCUGGUCUUGGCAAGGACAGUGGUGAAGGGAGCGGCAUAAGCAGUGGGACACGAUCGCUGCUACCGUCCGGUUCAUCGAUCGCGUCCACCAGCAUGGAGCGGGCACCGUCAACCGAAAGCUUCAACAUACGCACCGACGAGAAGAUGCCCGCGAAGGGUGAAAUUUCUGAGCAGGAAAGCAACGGCGAUAUGGACGUAACUUCCUGGAACCAUCGGAUGUACGCGGUCGGUGAGAAUGUGCCAAUAUAUCCGAGUUCGUAUGAUUUAUCGACGGCACAGGAGUGUUGGAAUCUGAGCAGCCGCAAUCAGGGCAUGUUUCCGGUAACGGAUCAUUUCUACUAUCAGCAGCAGCACAGCGGCGGUAACAAUACACACACCACCACUGUCAGCAAUCAAUACAUGACUUCGCGUGUUGCAUUCCAAUUUUCUUCAACCUCGCACCAGCAUCUUCAGCAGCAUGGACCGGAACUGCCGUUUGGUGGUGGUAUUAUGACGGGGAAGGUGGAGCCGCAGCAGGACGACGAUAAUGAUAAUGAUGAUGUGGAUGAGCAAGCGGAGGGACCACGGGUGAAAAAUGCGAUACCGAAAAUGCCGUUCGCUGACAUGUUGGUGGCCCGGAUGCAUGAACCACCGGGUGCGUACGAUGAAGUGGUCACACACCAUCAUCAACAGCAGCAAACAUGCGAAACGAAGUACGACGCUAUGGCCGGCACGACAUCCUACUUCGGUAUGGCUGCCGCCACCUGUUCCAUGUCGGCGGGAAUGGAACCGGUGUUGGCCAACCAUCCAAAACCGUCCGGUAGCGGUCUACCACGCACCUUCCGCUGCACGCUCUGCCCGAAAGUGUUCGACUCGAUCAAACAGCGGAGGGUGCAUCAGCAACGCGAACAUCCAAACGAGCUGUUGUCGCUAGCGUCCCACACCCAGCAGGAGCAAGGCGAAGAACGGAGCGGUGAAGGACGGCAGAAUCAACAAAAGCAAGUGUACCAGCAGCAGCAACCGAUAACGGUGGUAAUGAACUACGACUGGAUGAAGCAGGAAAUUCAACGUAAAAAUGAAGCUACACUGAAUAGCAGUCGCGUGCUAAUGUCGGGUGGUUGCAGCAGCAGCAGCAGCACUAUCGCCGUUCCCGGCACGAGUAGUGACGAGAUGCAGCAACAGCUCGUAGUAGCACAGGUGAAGACCGAUGAGCCUAUGGCGGAUGGGUCGAUGGGCUUAAUGCAAACCAUGUGUUCGGUGGCCCGGAACCGUUCGUAUGUGUGCAGCACCUGCCACCAAAAGUUCGACCGGUUUAACCUGUUCAACGAGCAUCUGCUCGAGCAUCCGGUGGAAUGUUUUGCGUGCGGGCGACACUUUAAGCAAUGGCGUAACUUUUCGCUCCACAUCAAGCGCCAUCUGGGCAUCAAGGAGCACCAGUGCCGGAUCUGUAGCAAGCAGUUCGUCGUCAAGCAGAAGCUAAUCGAGCAUAUGCGGGUCCAUACUGGGCAUGCACCGAUCAAGUGCAAGCUGUGCAAUCGCACGUUUAAGCGGUUCUCGAACCUGGCCCAGCACCGUAAACGCUACCAUAUGAACCGGACGGUAACGAAGGAGGACUAUGUGUGUCAGCUGUGCGGGGAGGUGUUUCACUCGCAGGCCAAGAUGGAGUGGCACAAGGAGACACACGAGAAGAAGCCCAAAUCCUGCCCGUACUGCCGCGAAAAGUUCAUACACCGCAACAGUCUGACGCGGCACAUACGGCUAUCGCACACGGACAAGUAUGCGAUGCUGGAAAACAAAACCGAACCGUGCAACAUCUGCCAGCAGCCGUACACGAAGACGAGUAUGCGCCGGCACAUGGAAACGCACACGACGGAGCGGAUGGCGUAUGCGUGCGGCAUCUGCAACAAGCGGUUCACCACGAACUGGAACCUGAAGCAGCACAAAUGGACGCACGCGAACCCGACGAUGAAGCCGUUCCAGUGCACGCACUGUCCGAGCGCGUUUGUGCGGGAGUCCGACUUUGUGACACAUGUGAACGCACACCGUUCGAUACGGCCGUACACGUGCAAUUAUUGCGGCAGUCAAUUCAUACGCAAGUACAACUGGAUAAGGCAUACGCGCGAACACGAAAGCGACAAGGGCCACCGGUGUGAUGUGUGCGGCCGUCAGUUCCACCGGAAGUACUACCUGACCGAGCACAAGCGCAUCCACACCGGUGAGCGGCCGUUCGCGUGCAACAUCUGUGGCAAAACGUCCGCCACCAAGACGAACCAUAACAAGCACGUGCGGAUACAUCAUGCGCGCGAUCCGCUCACGGCGGAAGGAUAAGGUGUAUAUUGCUUGGUAUUUGAUUAUUAAAUCGUUUUAAAUCAUGUAAAAAAUGUUUUUUCUAGCGUGUGAUUAAGGUUUAAGAUUUGUGUAUAACCCAUAGGAACGUAACGUGGUCUAAGUUAAUA